AUGAAUGAGGACUAUAAAUGGCCAGACAGGGUGUGGAAAAGCUAGGCGAAUACAGUACCAACUGUUAAUAUAGUAACGAUACUACCUAUUUUUUGUUCGAUAAUUCCUUGUAUUCGCUCUUAACACAAACUAUAAGAUUUGACGCUAAUUUACUAACCGUAAUUUGCUUCUCAUUGAAUGAAUGUUGUGUUUGACGAAGGUUUCUUUUGUUGCAAUUCUGAAGACAGUUCGUAAAGAUGCUGUCAGCUGGAUUAACUUCUACUUUUGGAGAAGUUGCAUUAACCCUUUCAGCAUCGGUGUUUCAAACAGCAGGAAACGCCAGAAAAACACGCGAGUAGUGCUAUUAAAAAAAGUCGCUUUCUCACUCACCUUGCCCCAACAUGACAGAACCCACAAAAGAACAGAUUCAAACCAUCUUCCAUAAACUAAAACAAAAUCGAUAUAAUAAAUUAUGCUUCGAUUGUAAUGCGAAAAACCCUAGUUGGGCUUCGGUAUCCUUUGGUGUAUACAUUUGUACUGACUGCUCGUCUGCUCAUCGGAAUUUAGGCGUUCAUAUUAGUUUUGUUCGGUCUACAGUUCUUGACUCAUGGACUUGGGAGCAACUGAGAAUGAUGAAAGUAGGAGGCAAUCAACCUGCUUCCGAAUUUUUUGCGAAGGGUGGAAGUAGUACUACGAGAGAUGCUAGGCUGAAGUAUUCUAGUAGGUUGGGACAGCAAUAUAAAGAGCAACUUGUCAGAAAAACAGCAGAAGAUGCAGCUGCGAACCCAAACACUAUUGUUAUUGAUAUUAAAGGUUGUAACAAUACUACUACAACUGCUACUGUGCCCACAGUAACAGAUACAAUGGUUAAUGACAGCAAAGAUACUCCAGCAAAACAGGAAGAAUCAACGAAGGAAAUGACGAAAUCUCCAGAGGUAGAGAAAAGUAAAGCAGAAAGCAAACCUGCUACACCAACAAUCAAGAUGUUAUCUCCUUCCAACCGAACAACUUCACGCUCAACUAUCGGUUUGCGUAAAAAGCCCGCCAAGAAUAAUAAACUGGGUAUCAGGAAAGCACCUAUAAAUUUUAACUUUGAAGAUGCCGAGGCUCAAGCCAAGCAAGCAGACGAGAGUAAACAAAAUUUUGGGAAUGUUGACACCGCUGACGGCAAUUUUACAAUGGCAGAUACAGACACAAUAUCAAACAUAACAACAAUUGACAAAGCGAAGGAUUCUUCAUUUGUGUCCAAACCGUUAUCCUCAAGACUAGCCUUUAUCGACAAUAGCAGAAAUGAAAGCCAGGAGCAAAAGUUAACAAAGGAUGACGAAUUGGAGAAAUUAGGGUUUGGAAUGAGCUCCCUUAUUCUAAAUAAUAGUGAUAACGGUAGUAGUUCUGGCAGAACUAGACCUGCCCAACAACGUUACCAGAGACAGCAAGAAGAUGAUAGUAGAUUGGCACAAGAUAAGUUUGGAGGUGCCAAAGCUAUAUCAUCAGACCAGUUCUUUGGUAGAAAUGAAUACGAUCCUGCCAUCUCAGCUGCUGAAUCAAGUCGUCUUUCACAAUUCUCAAAUGCAAAGUCUAUCUCAUCAGAUCAAUAUUUCGGCAGAGAACCGGAUUAUGAUGAUGAUUAUGGCAAUAGAGGCUUUGGUAGUAGCAGUAAUGACAUGAUUACGUUAGGAGAUUGGGAUAAUGUACAGGACCAAGCUGUAGCUGUCGCGAAGAAGUUCGUUGAUCAAGCAGCCCUUGAUUUAGAAGCUGUGAAGGAUUUAGCAGAAAAUGCCACAAACAAGUUGAGGAAUUACUUUAAUGCAUAGGACCAUCCCAUCAUUUUUAUUGGGGCCUGAAAAGAAUAACAAAAAAUAAAUUACAGAAUACCAAUGGUUUGACAUCGCAUGUGCUAAUUGUCUU